GCUGCGCCCGGGUAGAGGGGGGUCAGACACCUGUUCGGCCCCGGCCCCGGCCCCGGCGCGCGGGAGCCCAGGGGCAGGAUGAAAGUGACAGUGUGCUUCGGCAGGACCGGCAUCGUGGUGCCCUGCAAGGACGGCCAGCUGCGGGUCCGCGAGCUCACCCAGCAGGCGCUGCAGCGCUACCUGAAGACCCGGGACCAGGAUCCUGGGUACUGGGUGAAGAUUCAUCACUUAGAAUACACAGAUGGAGGAAUCCUGGAUCCGGAUGAUGUCUUAGCAGAUGUUGUUGAAGACAAAGAUAAGCUCAUCGCUGUGUUUGAUGAACAAGAGCCACUCCAGAAGAUUGAGAGCCCCAGUGGAAAUUCCGUGGAUCGGCAGAGCCCAGAUGCUUUCGAGACAGAAGUGGCUGCCCAACUGGCUGCGUUUAAACCGAUCGGUGGGGGAAUCGUAGUGACCCCGUCUGCUCUGAAGUUAGGCACUCCACUGCUGGUGAGGAGAAGCAGUGAACCAGCACCAGGGCCACAUGCUGAUCCCCAGCCAAGCGCUGCAAGCCCCAGUGGCCAGAGUUUGAAACCUGUUGUUCCGAAUUCCACCCAGAACUGGGAAAACAGAGAAGUUGUGAAUGGUGAGCACACAGAGCUGCUAUCAUCGCACAGAACGAAGGAUACACUGAGUGAUAUGACAAGAACAGUGGAGAUUUCUGGGGAAGGAGACCCCCUGGGAAUACAUGUGGUGCCCUUCUUUUCAUCCCUGAGUGGACGGAUCCUGGGACUCUUCAUCCGAGGCAUUGAAGAAAACAGCAGGUGUAAGCAGGAGGGACUGUUUCAGGAGAACGAAUGUAUUGUAAAAAUCAACAACGUGGAACUCCUGGACAAAACUUUCGCUCAGGCCCAGGAUGUCUUCCGCCAGGCAAUGAAAUCCCCCAGUGUGGUCCUCCAUGUGCUUCUGCCUCAAAAUCGUGAGCGCUAUGAGAAAUCAGUCAUUCGACCACUGAACAUCUUUGGCAACAAUGAUGGGACUUUGAGAGCAAAGGCUCAGCCUCCUGCCCGUGGGAAACCAGGAUUAAAGGCAGCAAAUCUCCCAAGACCCAACAGUCCUGAAGCAGAUGAGUCAACUUCCCCACAGCAAAGCAAGAGCCCCCAAGUUCCAAGACAGGAAAGAAAACCUGCGUCUCCCUCACUCUCCCCUUUCAUAGGGUUUGGCAGCAGGAAAAAUGCAAAAAAAAUUAAGAUUGACCUAAAGAAAGGUCCUGAAGGACUUGGUUUCACUGUGGUAACUAGAGAUUCUUCUAUACAUGGUCCCGGUCCCAUUUUUGUAAAAAACAUCUUACCAAAGGGAGCAGCAAUAAAGGAUGGCCGCCUGCAAUCAGGGGACAGAAUUUUGGAGGUAAAUGGCAAAGAUGUCACAGGAAGAACUCAGGAAGAGCUUGUGGCCAUGCUGAGGAGCACCAAGCAGGGAGAAACAGUAUUACUGGUCAUUGCCCGCCAAGAAGAGAGCUUCCUGCCCCGAGAGCUGAAAGGAGAACCUGACUGCUAUGCACUCUCCCUAGAGACAAGCGAGCAGCUCACCUUGGAGAUCCCCCUGAAUGAUUCCGGUUCCGCUGGCCUUGGGGUUAGCUUGAAAGGGAAUAAAUCUCGAGAAACUGGAACUGACUUGGGGAUUUUUAUCAAAUCUAUCAUCCAUGGAGGUGCUGCUUUCAAGGAUGGCCGUCUGCGAAUGAAUGACCAACUGGUUGCUGUUAAUGGGGAAACUCUUCUGGGCAAGUCCAACCAUGAUGCCAUGGAAACGCUGAGGAGAUCAAUGUCCAUGGAAGGAAACAUCCGGGGCAUGAUCCAGCUGGUGAUACUGAGGAGGCCGGAGAGACCACUGGAGGGGCUUGCAGAGUGUGGGGCCCUUUCCAGACCGUGUUUUGAGAACUGUCAAGAAGCUCCGAGCACCUCCAGGCGAAAUGAUAGUAGUAUAUUGUAUCCGUUUGGCACUUACAGUCCACAAGAUAAAAGAAAAGACCUACUGCCUCCCAAUGACGGGUGGGCUGAGAGUGAAGUACCGCCGUCCUCACCACUGCAUCCUGGUCUGGAAUGGGGCCUUGAAGAUUACAACCACAGCUCUGGGGUGGAUUCCACAGUAUAUUUUCCAGAUCAACAUGUCAAUUUCAGAUCUGUGAUACCAGCUAUGCAGCAUGAAUCAAUUAACCUGAAAACCUCCAAGAGCAUGGACCUUGUGCCGGAUGAAAGCAAAGCUCAGUCACUGGCUGAUCGCAGAUCGGACUCUCCAAGCAAAGAUUUUGGUCCGACUUUGGGUUUGAAAAAGUCCAGUUCCUUGGAGAGCCUGCAGACUGCUGUGGCCGAAGUCAGGAAGAAUGACCUGCCCUUCCACAGGCCCAGACCACACAUGGUGCGAGGCCGGGGCUGCAAUGAGAGCUUCAGAGCAGCCAUUGACAAAUCCUACGACGGGCCGGAAGAAGGAGAAGCUGACGGUCUCUCUGAUAAGAGCUCUUACUCUGGCCUCGGAGCUCUGAAUUGUGAGUCUGCCCCUCAGGGAAACCCCGAGCUAGACGACGUGGAAAAUAAAGCCAGGAAAGUCAAAAAACCAAAAGAGAAGGAGAAGAAAAAGGGCAAGCUGAAAGUCAAGGAGAAAAAGCAGAAAGAAGAGAGUGAGGACCCAGAGAGGAAAAUGAAGAGGAAGGGCUUAGGGGCCAUGCUGAGAUUCGGAAAGAAGAAAGAUGAUAAGGUGGGAAAGGUGGAGCAGAAAGGGACCCAGAAGCCCGGGCACCAGGGAGAAGAAGAGCUGGAAAAAAUGAAAGAAGAGAGGGAAAGGAUCGGAGCAAAACAUCAGGAGCUAAGAGAAAGGCAGGCAAGAGGUCUUGUUGAUUAUGCCACUGGAGCAAUUGGAUCAGCACAUGAUAUGGACGAUGAUGAAAUGGACCCCAAUUAUGCCAGAGUGAACCACUUUCGGGAGCAAGGCACAUCAGCAAAUGUCUUUAGAUCUCCAUCUCCCCCUCGAGCUGGAUCACUUCCUUACCCUCGGGAUGGACGUCCACUGUCUCCAGACAGAGACCACUUAGAGGGUCUCUAUGCCAAGGUCAACAAGCCAUAUCAUCCUCCAGCCCUAGCUGACAGUGGCCGUCCCAUGGCUGGAAACAAUGACCGCAUCCAGAAGCUUCGGAAGGAGUACUAUCAGGCUCGAAGAGAAGGGUUCCCUUUGUAUGAAGAGGAAGAGGGACGAACACGGCCAUCUGACCAUGACCUUCGCUGGGUGUCUGGAAAGGGUCCAGAUGGAAGCGCACCCAACCUCCGCUUCGAAGGGAUGGAGAGGCAGUAUGCAUCCUUACCCAGGAGAGGCUCAGCAGAUCCCGUGGACUACCUGACCGCAGCACCCCGAGGGCGCUACAGUGAGAGAGAGCUUCCAUACUACCCAGGGCCUCAUCCUGUACAUCCGCCAAGAGGGGGCUAUCCCCACUCCUCAGAUCUGAGGGUGGCAGAUCUCCGAUAUCCACAGUACUAUCCGCGCCCGCCAGCCCAGCAGCACAAAGGACCCUUCAGACAAGAUGUUCCGCCUUCUCCACCUCAGCACCAGCGAGUUACAACCUAUCAGGAGGUGGGCAGAGCAAGGCCCCGAGGGGGCAGCCCUGAGCGGAACCCCUAUCGUAAUCAGGAUCCCAGGCAGAAGAACCCCAUGACCGCAGCCGUAUAGCUGAACAUCAGACAUCUUCCAAGCAAGGAAGACAUCCAACACCACCUUUGCCCUUGCUAGACCGACCCUAAGGCCUAACCCAGGUUUAGGUGCUCAUGGUACAGAGAGGCUCUUGCUCCCUGAGGAUUCAAUACUUGACUGCUAAUCGGAAGAGAGAAAAGGGGGACAGGGGUUUGGGGGUGUGGAUUCAAAAGGAAGAAGGAAGGAGUGCGGGGUAUAUAAAAACAGUGCUUCCUGAUACUUGAAAGGCUUGAAGAAUUGGUUGAUUCCAGGAGAGUGGCAAUUGAUUAACAGCCAAUGGAGCUCCACUAUAGUAAACCCUGGCUAGAAAACCAGUAUAUAGUAGAGGUAGCAAUACAGUGGAAGUUGUCUCGGCCAGGCCUAGUCACUCACAUUCAGAGACUUACUCUCACAGCCCUGACCUUGGAGCUGUGAGGUCUACACAGUAGUAGAGUAGAGAGGCUGCAAAUACGGGCAUCUUCAUGAGCACGGUGUUUUCACUGAGAACAACGUAACAAUAAACAUGACCGGUGACCUCUGUGAGACUUUCGGCCCAAAGGGAAGACCGCAUUUCCUUAUUUAUAGUCGACCUUGGGCUCCUGGUACGACUUGUUUGAUACAAAGCUUUCACAUAUCCUUGCUUUUGAUAGAAAAGCCAGUAGAAUCGGAAUGCAGUAUUAGUGUCCUGGGAGGAUGUGCACACCUGUCCGAGCUUCCAGAAGGAGCUCAUUCCAACCACGAACCACAGUGAGCAGGAGAAGAGGGGUGGCGGUCCCUCAGCCCUUGCUUUCCCCUCUCCCAGGCCCUGACAUGCUUGCUUGGAGAUCGCUCCUUCCAGAGUCCUCCCCAAAUGCCUAUAAUUAUGUUAACUGAGACCUCUACUUUUAGACUUCUACGUAAGGGAUAAAGAAUACAUGUGAGUGGUGUGGGUAAGGAAAGGAGAGCCUGCUGGUCAGGCCACACAGAAAGCAAUGUCCUGGGGAUGUGAAUUCCAGACUCAGUGCCAAACAGUACCCAUCUGCCCCUGGGUCAGUGAGGAAACUGGUCACCAGAAAGAAGUAGAUAAAAGUGUGUGUGUGUGUGUGUGUGUGUGUGUGUGUGUGUGUGUGUGUGUUCAAACACAUAUGAUUACCAGUAUGGAGAGUAGAAGGGAAAAUUGCCUUCUGGAAGUUUGAUGAGGAAGAAAUCAGAGGAAGUAAAGAGAGAAGACUCGUAAGAUUAAAUCAGUCUGCAUCUGCUAUAUCUCAUUAACAAAUGUCAGGGCAAAGCCAAGGUCUCCACCUGACUUAAAAGACAAAAGAAAGAAAGAGAGUAUUCUGGCUUACGCAGCUGAAAAGCCACUCUUGCUUCCUUUGAGCUUUUUCUACACAACAGAGCGUCUGAAGCUUCCAGUCUGAUCCAAGCGGGGACACACACAAAAGACUGAGAAACGGCAGACAGACGCGGCCAGCACUAUGAAUUUCUCAGUGACUGCUAAGUACUUUAAGCCACUCACCUCCCCUCUCGCCCCCCCCCCCUCCCCAAAAGGUCUUUAGUUCAAUAUAGACAUACUUUGGCUGAGAGUAGAAUACCACUGACCAACAGAAUUGACUGAAUUAUAGUAUUCUAAAAUACAUAGAGUAGCCAUCUGGCCCAAUUUAGUCUUUUUUUUUUUUCAAAUAGUUUCGCUACCAAGAAUGAUGCAGCUGCUGGGUUUAGACGUAAAUGGUGUCCUUUGCUGGACUUCGAGAGAGAUCAUUAUCCAAACCACAGUGACUGCGGCCCUCUGAAGAACAGACUGUCAAGUUGCUCUUUGUCCUCUGCCGGCCCUUUUCAGACAGCACCCUUACAUCAUAUGUAAUUUGUUCAGUGGGGUGGAGGAUCUCAGACUCUGCCCAACAAGGUAUUGUGGCUACACUGUAGGGUCCCUGGCCACCAUGCUGAAAAUGGCAUUUCCUUUGAGCCAAGGAAUCCUGAAAGAAAUUGAUACAGUGAAGGAAAUGCAACUUUGGGGGGGG